UACCACAGAUAGACGACCCGAGACCCCUUAUAGAUUUAAAAAGAGACGCUGCAUUCUCAGACUGACAUUCAUUCAGCACUCACUGCCACCUUUUUAAACAGAUUUACUCUGUUCGCUUAGCUGCUAGUGUCAAUACCCGAUACCUUGUUCAGUUCACUUCGUCUCCAGCAGCACCAUGCUCAGGAUGCUACAGAAACUCCGUCUCCAGCCAGGGAUGAUUAUAUUAUUGAUAUGGCUCUGUCAUUUCAUGGAAGAUCAAAAAGUACAAGCUGGCAACUGCUGGUUACAGCAAGGGAAGAACGGGAGGUGUCAGGUGCUCUACGUGCCGGGUAUGAGCCGAGAGGAGUGUUGUCGAAGCGGGAGGCUGGGGACGUCAUGGACCGAGGAGGAUGUACCCAACAGCACCUUGUUCCGGUGGAUGAUCUUUAACGGCGGAGCCCCUAACUGCAUACCCUGCAAAGAAACGUGUGACAACGUGGACUGUGGACCCGGAAAGAGCUGCAAGAUGAACCGGAGAAGUAAGCCGCGCUGCGUCUGUGCUCCAGACUGCGCCGAAGUCACCUGGAAAGGACCUGUCUGCGGGUCGGAUGGAAAGACAUACAAAGACGAGUGCGCGUUGCUCAAGUCCAAAUGUAAAGUCCAUCUGGACCUGGAUGUGCAGUACCAGGGCAAAUGCAAGAAGACCUGCCGUGACGUCUUGUGCCCGGGAAGCUCCACUUGCGUCGUGGACCAGACAAAUAGCGCGUACUGUGUGACCUGUAAUCGGAUCUGCCCUGAACAGACGUCACCGCAGCAGUUCCUGUGUGGCAACAACGGGAUCAUCUACACCAGCGCCUGCCAUCUGAGGAGGGCGACAUGUCUCCUGGGAACAUCCAUAGGAGUAGCAUACCAGGGGAAAUGCAUCAAGGCCAAGUCGUGCGAGGACAUCCACUGCAGUGUGGGGAAGAAGUGUCUGUGGGACGCCAGGAUGAGCCGAGGCCGCUGCUCCCUCUGUGAGGAGGCGUGUCCAGAGAGCCGGAUGGACGGGGCGGUGUGUGCCAGCGACAACACCACCUACCCCUCGGAGUGUGUUAUGAAGCAGACUGCCUGCUCUCUGGGAACGCUUCUGGAGGUUAAGCAUUCAGGAUCUUGCAACUCCAUAACAGAAGACCGUGAAGAAGAGGAGGAGGAGCAAGAAGAUCAGGACUACAUGGUUCACAUCCAUCUGUCCCCCUCAUUGGAUGGAUAGACUGUCUAUCAUAUCCACAUGCUCUCCUUAUUGGUUGGAUAGGCUGUCUAUCAUAUCCACAUGCUCUCCUUAUUGGUUGGAUAAGCUGUCUAUCAUAUCCACAUGCUCUCCUUAUUGGUUGGAUAAGCUGUCUAUCAUAUCCACAUGCUCUCCUUAUUGGUUGGAUAAGCUGUCUAUCAUAUCCACAUGCUCUCCUUAUUGGUUGGAUAAGCUGUCUAUCAUAUCCACAUGCUCUCCUUAUUGGUUGGAUAAGCUGUCUAUCAUAUCCACAUGCUCUCCUUAUUGGUUGGAUAGGCUGUCUAUCUACCUGCCUGGUCUCCACCGAAGGGAACAGUCCUAGGGCCAGGUCUCAUGUUGUCCAUACUGUACAGUACAUAUGUAUAUGCUUAUUUAUACAUAUUGUUCAGUUCUGCAAGAUGUUUUAUUUAUACUGUGUUUUGUGUUAUAUUUUUUACAAAUAAUUUAUACAUUUACAAUGUUCAGGAUUACUGUUAUUGUUACCACUAGUUUCUAUUGGUGUUGUCGUUGUCCUGUUUGUUUUCUUCCCUUCCUUCCUUCCUUCCGUCCUUCCUUCCUUCCUUCAUUUUUUAUUUUUGAUAUAUAAUGAAGAAAACGAUAUUUCUCCAAAGAGAAGCAGUGUUAUUUAUUGAGUGAAGUAUCUCCAUACUGUAAGCUGUAGUGGACUCUCGUGACUCCCUGUGCUGUACUAACCUACCUAUGUUCAAAGUGUUAGAUAUCUCUAUCACAGAUGUUUAUCAUUCACACAUCAAUGCAUCAAUGCUUUAGCCUACCGUGUGUUUAUUUAUG